UCUACCGCCAAAGUAACAACUGGACUUUUAUGGCCAGGGUUACAUCAAGCUCCGUAUAAACAAAUCAGCCGGCCGCCUUGGAUGCAAUUUCUGCCUUUAAUAUCAUCCUCCACUCCCACUCGGCAUCGGAAUAUUGGAGCCUGCUAGGCUGCUAGCGCAUGCAUGGGAUGAAUUCACGCUAAUAUAAUCCUUUGCCAAAGCCAAACAAGCAAGCUGUCGCUCAGUCUCUUGUGUCUUCCCUCUAGCCCUUGCCGCAGUAUUGGGGUUACUGAUGGAAAGAAGCAAAAGGGUUGCUGUUGUCACCGGAGGGAACAAAGGGAUUGGGCUGGAAGUAUGCAGGCAGCUGGCCUCCAGGGGUGUCGCGGUGAUCCUAACGGCGAGGGACGAGAAAAAGGGAACAGAAGCAGUGGCUACGCUUCGUGGAUCCGGACUACCGGAUGUACAGUUUCACCGCCUGGAUGUCAGUAAUCCAACUGGCACUGCCCGUCUUGCUGAAUUUAUCAAGGAGAAGUUUGGCAGGCUAGAUAUCCUGCUCGUAGGCAAGAACGCCAUGGAGAGGCUACAAUGGUUGGUGCAGCACUCCACGGAGAGUUACGAGGAAGCAAGAGAAUGCCUGAAAAUAAACUACUUCGGCACCAAAUAUGUGACCGAAGCACUCCUCCCAAUCCUUAUAUCCUCCUCUGACGGACGGCUCAUCAACGUGUCAUCCAACUAUGGACUACUCCAGCAUUUCAGUGGCGAAGAUCUUAAGCAAGAGCUAAACGAUAUUGACAACCUGACGGUUGAGAGGCUAGAUGAGAUGCCGGAGUUGUUCCUGAAAGACUACAGGAGUGGGCAGCUGAAAUCUCAUGGGUGGCCUGCCGACUCUGAGUACCUGGCCUACAAGGUAUCCAAGGCUCUGACCAAUGGCUACACCAGGAUACUGGCGAAGGCGCACCCAGAGUUGCGCAUCAACUGCGUGCACCCUGGCUUCUGCAAGACCGACAUCAACUUUGACACCGGCGAAUACACCGCGGAAGACGGUGCCAGUUGCAUUGUUGCGGUGGCGCUAUUGCCGGAAGGAGGCCCAACUGGCGUGUUCUUCUUCCGCAGAGAAGAAGUACCCUUUGUGUAACUUUUCAAGGGUUACUCUCUCUCUCUCUCUCUCUCUCUCUCUCUCUCUCUCUCUCUCUCUCUCUCUCUCUCUCUCUCACACACACACACACACACACACACAGUGAUGUAACGGAUGUGGUGGCAACUAUAGAAGUAUAGAACAACUGCAUAAGUAUUAAGGGCAGCGUUGUUAGGAUCAUAUAUUCAAAGAAGUGGCUCUGCUUACAAAGUUA